GCCAUGAUCCUUUCGGCUGCGGCGAUGCCCUUCGUGGACACCACAGCCUUGGAAUCGCUGAAGCAGCUGGUCAAAGCCUACAGAAAGCGAAACAUCACUUUUCUGGUGUCCAACGCUUGUGGCCAGCCCCAGAAGAUUCUCCAGCUCGCCCUGGGUGACUCCUUACCCGAAGAGUCGCUUACGGCGCCUUGGACCACAGAGGAGUGCGUCCGCUGGUUAGCAGGGCAGGCGCAGUUGGCCAAGGACCUCGACAUUUCGGGGCUCUGUGGAGUUGGGGUUUAG